AACAAGUUUUUAUUAAGGACACUCUACACACAAUACCUGAUGAAGAUGAGGGUUGGAAGAGAGAAAGAGAGAAAGCUGAUACAAAAGCUGAAAGUUUAAAGCCUAAAAGAAAGCUGAUCAUCAAACCGAAAGAAAGAAAAAGGGCUUUUCUUCCUUCCUCUCAUGUUCUACUCUUUCUACCUCUAACUAUAUCUUUUCUCUCUCUCCCCCCCAAUCUCCAUCCCUAAGAGCUUUUCCUUUCCCCUUUUUUAUUUUCUUUUUAAAUAUAGACUUCAGCUUUACAGAGUGAGAAGAAAAAGCCAAGAUCAGCAGCAGUUGGCAAAAGAAAAUAUUGCUUUGCUUUGCCUCUUUGGCUUAUAUUAAACAAGUUAAUCGCCCCAGAGAGAAGUUUAGCUGGAAUAAACCCAUGUUGACCAAUAACUCCUGUUCCUCGGUUCCUUCUUCUGAGCCAUUUUCCUGCAUAGAAAUUGGUAAUAAUAACAACAAGAGGAAAAGAAGACCAGCAGGAACGCCAGAUCCAGAUGCAGAAGUGGUUUCUCUUUCACCUAAAACACUACUAGAAUCGGAUCGUUACGUUUGUGAGAUCUGCAACCAAGGAUUCCAGAGAGACCAAAACCUACAGAUGCACAGGCGGCGACACAAGGUUCCAUGGAAGCUACUCAAGCGAGAAACUCCAGUGGUGAGAAAGCGCGUGUUCGUUUGCCCGGAGCCUAGCUGCCUACACCAUGACCCCUGCCAUGCUCUAGGCGAUUUGGUUGGGAUCAAGAAGCACUUCAGGAGAAAACACAGCAACCACAAGCAAUGGGUCUGCGAAAAGUGUUCCAAGGGCUAUGCAGUUCAAUCUGAUUAUAAGGCCCAUCUUAAAACCUGUGGCACUAGAGGCCAUUCUUGCGACUGCGGCAGAGUGUUUUCAAGAGUUGAGAGUUUCAUUGAACAUCAAGAUGCUUGCCACAUGGGGCAUAUCCGACCAGAAUCACAAGCACUGCAGCCGGCUUGUUUGUCGCGAACAGCUUCAAGCCCCAGUCCCUCCAGUGAUACCAAUUUCAGUACAGCUCCUUGGCCUAGUUUGGUGUUGGCAAAGACAACAGAUACCAUGUUCUUGAGCCCUACAAAAGAUAAUUCCCCUAAAAAUGCGCACUACCACAAUUUGGAGCUUCAACUCUUAACCACAUCAAAUCCCACUGAGCUCUCCGUUUCCCCUAAAACAGAUGAUAAGCAUUCAACCCAGUUACAGCUCUCGAUUGGCUCAUCUGAUAUUGGAGAGAAAAUUGAAUCAACUGUUACUUGUACAAACAAGGACGCAAGCAAGAAAUCUCCUCAUCAGGAGAGUGAGAAACCGACAUUUGUUGCAUCGAGGCUAAAAGAAAAAGCACGUGAGCAGUUAAGGUUGGCGAUGGCGGAGAAAGCUUUUGCUGAAGAGAAAAGACAGCAAGCAAAAAGGCAGAUUGAAUUAGCUGAGCAAGAGCUUGCCAACGCAAAGAGAAUCAGGCAACAAGCACAAGCUGAACUAGACAAGGCUCAAGCUUUAAAAGAUUAUGCAAUAAAGCAAAUCAACUCGACCAUUCUUCAAAUAACUUGCCAUGCUUGCAAGCAGCAAUUUCAAGCAAGAACACCCCCCGAAGAGAACUCCCUAGUUGGGAGUUACAUUUCAUCAGCUAUAACAGAAGGUGAAGCUGAAAACGAUUAUAUUCGAACAAAUCUUGCAAAGGCUACUAACACAUAAACCAAUCUCUACAUCUCAUCUGUAUGUCAAAUUUUCUUUUUCUUCCAUUUUCCACGUUUUUUUCUUUCUUAUAUCUACUGAUAUACCAAAAAUGGUUGUUUUGAUAAUCUCAAGUUGAUUAGUGGAGUGUUGUAUUCUGCAAUUUGUGUGAUGUAAUUUGUUCAUUAAUUUGGUUAAUGGAAGCUAUAGUGAUGGGUUUUGUUGGUAAAGUA